AUGGUAGGCGAUAACCCGGAAACAGAAAGGAGGGAUCGUGUCAGGGCACACCCGCCUGACCCAGUUCCACCCAGGCCCACCUGGGCCCACCUCACCCACUCACCCGCUCACCCGCUCCCCGCUACCCAUCCUUCCUCCCUCUUCCCCUUCCUCCCUCUUCCCCUUCCUCCCUCUUCCCCUUCCUCCCUCUUCCCCUUCCUCCCUCUUCCCCUUCCUCCCUCUUCCCCUUCCUCCCUCUUCCCCUUCCUCCCUCUUCCCCUUCCUCCCUCUUCCCCUUCCUCCCUCUUCCCCUUCCUCCCUCUUCCCCUUCCUCCCUCUUCCCCUUCCUCCCUCUUCCCCUUCCUCCCUCUUCCCCUUCCUCCCUCUUCCCCUUCCUCCCUCUUCCCCUUCCUCCCUCUUCCCCUUCCUCCCUCUUCCCCUUCCUCCCUCUUCCCCUUCCUCCCUCUUCCCCUUCCUCCCUCUUCCCCUUCCUCCCUCUUCCCCUUCCUCCCUCUUCCCCUUCCUCCCUCUUCCCCUUCCUCCCUCUUCCCCUUCCUCCCUCUUCCCCUUCCUCCCUCUUCCCCUUCCUCCCUCUUCCCCUUCCUCCCUCUUCCCCUUCCUCCCUCUUCCCCUUCCUCCCUCUUCCCCUUCCUCCCUCUUCCCCUUCCUCCCUCUUCCCUUCCUCCCUCUUCCCCCUCUUCCCUCUUUCCUCUUUCUCCUUUAUUUCACUCUCCCUUUCUGUUUAUUCUUUCUAUUUACAUGGACCACCUUUCCUUGUAUCAUUGUACUGUUGACCCGUCCGGCUCAGACACCCCGGACAACUUCCCACUAUGCCCAGCAUGCGCACCUGCAGCGGACGCCCUCGGGAUCCCCCAUGGGGAUACCUGGAUGGCUGCAGCCCUCUCCGUAGAUGACGUGGCACCUGUCAUGUGA